CUGGUCACGUGAUUAGUAGCCCAGCCGUUAAACCGACCAAGCUCGAGCUCACCAGCGCGCGGGGCACAAAAGGCCCCGGAUGAUCGGUUGAGGUUAAAAAUGACAAGGAAUUUGUCUACGUGAAUCUCGAACACAACACGCCAGUUUUGCUGUCUCUGUCCAGAUACUUAAGAAGAGGAGCAAGGGAUUCACUCGAUCAUCCUUCCUGCUCAGACUGUGGGGAGGGAUUGUCAUCUGACCGACUGGCAUGCCCGUCAUUUUACACAGGGGAGAGGCCAUUCAUCUGCUCAGACAGUGGGAAUGGAUUCACUCGGUCAUUUCAACUGAAGGUGCAUCAGCAAAUUCACCUGUUCUGUGUGUGAGAAGGGACUCAGUCAGUCUACCCACCUGUGGACACAUGAGUCAGUUCAUACUGAGCAGAGGCUGGUCAUCUGCUGAACUUGUGGUAAAGGAUUCACUCGGUCAUCUGGCCUAAUGGCUCUCCAGCGAGUUCACACUGGGGAGAGGCUGUUCACCUGCUCAGACUGUGGGAAGGGAUUCACUUGCUCAUCCCAACUGAAGGUGCACCAGCGAGUUCACACUGGGGAGCAGCCAUUCACCUGCUCAGACUGUGGGAAGGGAUUCACUGAAUCAUAUAAACUACUGAUACACCGGUCAGUUCACAGUGGCGAGAGGGCGUUCACGUGCUCAGACUGCGGGAAGGGAUUCACUUGCUCAUCCCAACUGAAGGUGCAUCAGCGAGUUCACACUGGGGAGAGGCCGUUCACCUGCUCAGACUGUGGGAAGGGAUUCACUUCGUCCUCUGUUCUACAGAGACACCAGCGAAUUCACACUGGGGAGAGGCCGUUCGCCUGCUCAGUGUGUGGGAAGGGAUUCACUCGAUCAUCCCACCUACAAGCACACUGGUCUGUUCACACCGGGGAGAGGCCGUUCACCUGCUCAGUGUGUAGGAAGGGAUUCACUUGCUCAUCCCACCUGAAGGUCCAUCAGCGAGUUCACACCGGGGAGAGGCCAUUCAUCUGCUCGGAUUGUGGGAAGGGAUUCACUCGAUCAUACCAGCUGAAGGUACAUCAGAGAGUUCACACUGGGGAGAGGCCGUUCACCUGCUCCGACUGUGGGAAGGGAUUCACUCGAUCAUCUCAACUGAAGGUACAUCAGCAAGUUCACACUGGGGAGUGGACGUUCACCUGCUUAACCUGCGGAAAGGGAUUCACUCAGUCAUCUGAACUGUUGGUACACCAGCAAGUUCACACUGGAGACAGGCCGUUCACUUGCUCAGUGUGUGGGAAGGGAUUCACUCGGUCAUCCAACCUACUGACACAUCAGUCAGUUCACACCGGGGAGAGGCCAUUCACCUGCUCAAACUGUGGGAAGGGAUUCACUUGCUCAUCCCACCUGAAGGUACAUCAGCGAGUUCACACUGGGGAGAGGCUGUUCACCUGCUCGGACUGUGGGAAGGGAUUCACUUGCUCAUCCCAAUUGAAGGUACAUCAGCGAGUUCACACUGGGGAGAGGCCGUUCAUCUGCUCAAACUGUGGGAAGGGAUUCAUUCAGUCAUCUGAACUGAAGGUACAUCAGCGAGUUCACACUGGAGAAGGGCUGUUCACCUGCUCAGACUGUGGGAAAGGAUUCACUUGCUCAUACCAACUGAAGGUACAUCAGCGAUUUCACACUGGGGAGAGGCCGUUCAUCUGCUCAGACUGUGGGAAGGGAUUCACUCAAUCAUCUGAACUGAAGGUACACCAGCGAGUUCAUACUGGGAGAGAGGCCGUUCACCUGCUCAGACUGUGGGAAGGGAUUCACUUGCUCAUCUGCACUGAAGGCACAUCAGCGAUUUCACACUGGGGAGAGGCCGUUCACCUGCUCGGACUGUGGGAAGGGAUUCACUCAGUCAUCCGCCCUAAUGGCACACCAGCGAGUUCACAGUGGGGAGCGGCCAUUCACCUGCUCAGUCUGUGGGAAGGGAUUCACUCAGUUAUCUCAACUGAAGGUGCACCAGGGAGGUCACACUGGAGAGAGGCCAUUCACCUGUUCAGACUGUGGAAAGGGAUUUACUUCAUCAUCUCAACUACUGAGUCACCAGCGAGUUCACACUGGAGAGAGGCCGUUCACCUGCUCAGACUGUGGGAAGGGAUUCACUCGGUUGUCUCAUCUACAGAGACACCAGCGUGUUCACACUGGGUAGAGGCCGAUCUCCUGCUCGGACUUUGGGAAGAGAUUCUCUCAGCCAUCACCACCAUAGGUCCAUCAUUGAGUUCACAUUGGGUAGAGGCCAUUCACCUGCUGUGAAUGUGGGAAGCGAUUUGCUCAGUCAUCUAACCUUAUGUAACUCUCGCUUCAGCUAGAAGCUUAACAUCGGGGGUGAUAGCCCCCCAGCCCGGCCAAACUUAAGAAAUCUCAUUUGGGUGGAUGCUGCGUGAUGUGACCCCCGUUACAAAUCAGUACCCUGAAAUAACAAACGGUACACAAUUGCGAUUAAACGAUUGGGCUUUGUAGUUCUUAUUUUGACUAUAGGGUUAGAAAAGAAAAAAUAAAGGAAAAUGGCCCACUCCAUUCAUGUCUUCUCAUCUCUCCCCGGCAAAAGACCAAAUCUCUCUUCCAAACUCACAAGAAAGAACAUUUCUCUCAUUGGAUAGCCCUGCACUUCAAAACCCUGUUAUCUCUAGUCGUCACCUAAACAUUGCUGCUGCAGAGAAACCGUUACCUCAGUAGUGAUACAUUACAGAGAGACCAUUACAUUAACACUGAAACCUCACAGCGUGUUACAGUUGUGACACACUACCAGGUUCACAAUAGACAAUAGGUGCAGGAGUAGGCCAUUUGGCCCUUCGAGCCAGCACUGCCAGCACUAUGAUCAUGGCUGAAAGCAUCCAGAGACUUGGCCUCCACAGCCUUCUGGGGCAGAGCAUUCCCUAUAUCCACCACUCUCUGGGUGAAAAAAAUUUUCCUCAAUUCCAUUCUAAAUGGCCUACCCUUUAUUCUUAAACUGUGGCCUCUGGUUCUGGACUCACCCAUCAGCGGGAACAUGCUUCCUGCCUCCAGCAUGUCCAAUCCCUUAAUAAUCGUAUAUUUUUCAAUAAGAUCCCCUCUCAGACUUCUAAAUUCCAGUGUAUACAAGCUCAGUUGCUUCAAUCAUUCAACGUAUGACAGUCCCGCCAUCCCGGGAAAUAACCUUGUGAACCUAUGCUGCACCCUUUCAAUAGCAAGGAUAUCCUUCCUCAAAUUUGGAGACCAAAACUGCACACAGUACUCCAGGUGUGGUCUCACUAGGGCCCUGUACAGCUGCAGAAGGACUUCUUUGCUCCUAUACUCAAUUCCCCUUGAUCUGAAGGCCAGCAUGCCAUUAGCUUUCUUCACUGCCUGCUGUACUUGCAUGCUUGCUUUCAGUGAAUGAUGUGCAAGAACACCUAGAUCUCGUACUUCCCCUUUCCCUAACUUGACUCCAUUUAGAUAAUAAUGUGCCUUCCCAUUCUUACCACCAAAGUGGAUAACCCCACAUUUAUCCACAUUAAACUGCAUUUGCCAUGCAUCUGCCCACUCACCCAGCCUGUCCAAGUCACCCUGCAUUCUCAUAACAUCCUCUUCAUAUUUCACACUGCCACCCAGCUUUGUGUCAUCGGCAAAUUUGCUAAUGUUACUUUUAAUCCCUUCAUCUAAAUCAUUAAUAUAUAUUGUAAACAGCUGCGGUACCCCACUGGUCACCGCCUGCCAUUCCAAAAGGGACCCGUUAAUCGCUACUCUUUGUUUUCUGUCAGCCAGCCAAUUUUCAAUCCAUGUCAGUACUCUGCCCUCAAUACCAUGUGCCCUAAUUUUGCCCUCUAAUCUCCUAUGUGGGACUUUAUCAAAGGCUUUCUGAAAGUCCAGGUACACUACAUCCACUGGCUCUCCCUUGUCCAUUUUCAUACUUACAUCCUCAAAAAUUUCCAGAAGAUUAGUCAAGCACGAUUUCUGCACUGGGGAGAAAGUUUCAACAACCUGCCUGCUGGAUAUUUGUCCAUCACCGUUGCUGAAUGCAAUUUUGAAAGUGACUGUUGGUGCUGAACUCUGCAAUUAUUGCUGCUGCUCACCACACCCAAUUCUGCACCCUGGUGACUGAACAUGGGAGGAGUUUCUUCUGCUGCAUAUUCACCUUUAAUGGGACUGGAGUUUUAUAUGGACUGGAGUGGAGAGCGGCCAGUGAAGGAGUGGAGUUUUGAGGCUUUGGCUCGAGAGGUUCUGGCAGUUUUGGCAGCUGGAUUGUGCAAUCAUGUCAAUCAAGAUUUCGAUAGCUCGACUCAGCAGAAAGCAGCUGAUUGGUCAGUCGAGGUCAGGUGUCCAAGCAGUUUGAUUGAGCAAUUGAAAAUUGAAAAACUCAACAAACAAAUAAAAAGAGGGGCAGCUCAAGCGGAGCGGCCAGUGAGUGAGUGGGCCAGUGAAGGAGUGGAGCUUUGAGGCUUUGGCUCGAGAGAUUUCAGCGAGCAGAGGCAGAGGAUGAGCUUGCUCCCAGUAAGGUAAGGCCGGGUAAGUUUAUUUAAUUAAUUAACUUAGGAGUUAGUAAUGGAGGCAGUAGAUAGGGCAGUCCAGUGCUCCGAUUGUAGGAUGUGGGAAGUCAGGGACAACACAAUUGUCUCUGAUGUCUACACCUGCAAGAGGUGCAUCCAGCUGCAGCUCCUGUCAAAUCGGAUCGUUCGGGGGGCAGAGGCAGUAAUAGAUCAGAGUUUCAGGGAGACAGUCAGCCCUAAAAGCCAGGAGACAGGUCAGGUGACUGUCAGGAGAGGGAAGGGGAAUAGACAGAAAGAGCAGAGCAUCCCUGUGGCCGUUCCCAUCAACAAUAAGCGUACUAUUUUGGAUUCUGUUGGUGGGGACGACCUACCAGGGACAAGUUGCAGUGGUUGUGUGUCUGGCACCGAGACUGGACCCUCAGCUCAGAAAGGAAGGAGUGAAAAGAGGAGAGCUGUAGAGCUAGGGGAUUCAAUAGUCAAGGGGACAGUUAAGAGGUUCUGUGGGAAAGAUGGAGAAUCCCGGAUGGUCUGUUGCCUCCCUGGUACCAGGGUCCACGAUAUCUCGGAUGGAGUUCUCGGUAUUCUCAGGAGAGAGGGUGAGCAGCCAGAUUGUGUGGUCCACGUGGGGACCAAUGACAUAGAUAGGAGUAGGGAUGAGACCCUGAAGAAGGAAAAUAGCGAGUUAGGGGGAAAAGUUAAAAAGCAGGACCUCAAGGGUGGUAAUCUCAGGAUUGCUGCCUGUGCCACGAGACAGAGAGGGUAGGAACAGGAAGUCAUGGCAGUUGAAUGUGUGGCUGAAGAGUUGGUGCAGGGGGCAGGGGUUCAGAUUUCUGGAUCAUUGGGAUCUCUUCUGGGGAAGGUCUGACCUGUACAACAAGGACGGGCUGCACCUGAACUGGAAAGGGACCAAUAUCCUGGUGGGCAGGUUUGUUAGAGCUGUUGGGGAGGGUUUAAACUAGUUUGGCAGGGGGGUGGGAAUCAGAAUGUGAGUGCAGAGAUUAGGGUAGAAGGACAAGGGCAUGAUGCUAUGUGUUCUGAGUUGGUGAGGAAGGACUGGCAGGGGACAAAACAUAAAUGUAGCCAGUUAGAGGAGCUGAAAUGUGUCUAUUUCAACACUAGGAGUAUUAGGAAUAAAGGGGACGAACUUAGAGAAUGGAUCAGUACGUGGAACUACGAUGUUGUGGCCGUUACUGAAACUUGGCUGGAGGAAGGGCAGGAUUGGCUGAUGCAGGUACCGGGGUUUAGGUGUUUAAAAGGAAUAGUAUGGGAGGUAGAAAAGUGGGGGAGUAGCGUUACUGGUCAGGGAUAGUAUCAUGGCUGUAGAAAGGGAGGACGCUGCAGAGGGAGUGUCCACUGAGAGGGGGUGUGGGUGGAAGUCAGAAAGAGGAAGGGAUCAAUCACUGUGCUGGGAGCAGUCUAUUGGCCCCCAAAUAGCCCUCGGGACACCGAGGAGCAGAUAAGCAGGCAGAUUUUAGAAUGGUGCAGGAAAUGCAGGGUUGUAGUUAUGGGUGAUUUUAACUUCCCUCAUAUUGACUGGCACCUCUUGACUGCAAGGGGGAUAGAUGGGGCUGAAUUUGUCAGGUGUGUUCAAGAAGGAUUCCUGACACAGUAUGUGGACCGGCCAACGAGAGGAGAGGCCAUACUGGAUCUAGUUCUCGGUAAUGAACCUGGUCAGGUGGCAGACCUCUUGGUGGGGGAGCAUUUUGGUGAGAGUGACCACAACUCCCUUAGCUUCAGCAUAGUUAUGGAAAAGGAUAAAAACAGACAAAAUGGGAAAGUGCUUAACUGGGGAAGGGCUAACUAUGAAUGGAUGAGGCAGGAACUAGCAAGAGUAAAUUGGAAACAGAUGUUCAAAGGUGAAAGCACAGAAGUAAUGUGGAGGAAGUUUAGGGACCACUUGUGCUGGGUUCAGGAUAGGUUUGUCCCACUGAGGCAAGGAAAAAAUGGUAGGAAAAGGGAACCGUGGCUGAUGAAACACGUGAGGCAACUCGUCAAGCGGAAGAAGGAAGCAUAUGUAAGAUAUAAGAAGCAGUCAGAGCCCUGUUGGUCGCUUUUCAAUUGCUCCUACCCUGUUUACUUAAUUGUCUCUACCAGUCUUUCUUUUGAAACCUUAUUAUAAUACUUCAAUACUGCUUUACUGUGGCUGGGAAAAGGACCAAAGCAUUUGCAAAAGAAAGAGUCUUUGGAUUCAAUCAGUGACUUCCUUAAACGGCAAAAGUAGGAAUUCUCUGAGGAGUUUCAACGGCUCAACAGCAAAUUGGAUACAAUUCAAUGAACUUUAUUUCAGCAUGAGAACCAAAUUCAGGAGAAUACUGUGAAGCUAAUGACACUUGAAGAGGACGUUGAAGAUACAAUUAAACUCUGCAAAGAGUUAUCUUUAUCCAAUGAUAAAAUGCUGAGAAGGAUCAUCAGUCUCGAAAAUAGAAACAGGAGAAAUAACUUGCGAAUCCUGGGUCUUGAAGAAUCAAUUGAAGGCGCUGACCCUACGAAGUUUUUUGCAAGCUUUCUGAAGCAGCUUUUCCCUGAUUUAUUCACUUCCGAUCCGAAGCUCGAUCGAGCUUUUCGCUCUCUGACUUUGAAGCCAUUGUCCUUGGCAGCGAAAUCCAGAUCGGUCGGACUAGCCUUUCAUGAAUUUCGUAUUAAGGACCUUUUAAUUCGCCAUACCCGGAGACAAGGAAUGAUCGAUUUCCAAAAUUACAAGGCUAGAUCUGUGGAAGACUAUUCGCCUGAAGUUUUGGCUGAUCGCAUGAAAUAUAAACAUGUUAUGUUGGAAUUUUAUAAUAAAGGAUAUAAACCAUCCCUUCAGUUCCCCGCACGUCUGUGUAUUGUUUUCAAGAACGGAUUGCAAAAUAGAAUCCAUUCAGUUGAAGAUGCAAACGAGUUUCUGAAGGAUGAAGUCUAAAACUUAUAUUUCUUAUUUGAUCAAGUUUUUUCUUCUGUUAAUAUACAUUUGAAAUAAGGUUUCAUUAAGCUUAUGUUUUGGCUGUUCAUAUAUUGUCUUUUGUUAUAUAUUUUUUUGAUACUACUUUAUUUUAUCCCGUUUUGAGGCUUUAUUUUAAUACAGCUUUCUUUAAAUUUGUUUAAAGUGAUCCUUUCGUAUUUCCGAAUACCGAGUUAUUUUACUUUUUAUGUUGUGUCUUGGUAGGGACAUAAUGACCUUGCAGGACUGGAGUUUUUUUUCUGUCAACAGGAUUUUUUGGGGCUGGUACUUAGUUCUCAGCUCGCUGACUGUCUAUUGGUCAGCUUUCUCGCUUUGGGUGGGGGAGAGAGUAGGUCCUAUUUCUCUCUGGGAGCUGUGUUGGGUUGAAUGUAUGAUUGUUUAUUUGAAUACCUUACUUCACGAUUUGCUUUCUAGUUUUAAUAACUUAUGGCCAGAUCUUUUAAUUACACGUUGAUUGGUAUUUAAAAUGGUUCAAAAUAUCAACCUGUUUAGUUUGAAUGUGAAAGAGCUGUAUCACCCCUUCAAAAGGAACAAAGUGUUUGCUUAUAUUAAAAAAUUAAAAGCACCUUUUUUUUUUACAAGAAACGCACAUACGCAGCUGUGAUAGCUUACGUUUUUUUUUACUUGGUGGAAGGGUAUGCAAUUCCACUCUUCGUUUAACACACAAUCACGUGGCGUUUCAAUUUUUGUAGAUAAUACAGUUUCCUUUAUUCAGCAUAAAGUUGUUUCGGACCCUGAUGGUCGAUUUGUUAUUGUAUCGGAGUUUAGACAGUAAAUUAAUUGUUUCUGGUAAUGUAUAUGCCCCCAACAUAGAUGAUUCAGGAUUUUUUGAAUGUCUAUUUUCCUUUUUGCCAAAUUUGUGUACUUACUCCCUUGUGAUAGGAGGACAUUUUAACUUCUGGUUAGAUCCAGUAUUAGAUCACUCAUCUGUUAAACCCUCCACACUUAAUAAAUCAGCUUUGUUCAUCCAAUCUUUUACAAAUAAAUGUGGUUUUGUUGAUGCUUGGCGUUUUCUGCAUCUGACGGACAGGAAGUAUUCAUUUUUCUCCCAUGUCUAUCGUUCUUAUACCAGGAUUGACUUUUUUUUAUUGAUAGUCAAAAGAUUUCAUUAGCUCGAUUGAUUGAAUAUAAAGCGAUUGCUAUCUCUGACCACUCUGCUGUAAUUCUAUCUUCAAGUCUUUCUGGUCCUAUCCCCAUGAGUAGAUUUUGGUGAUUUAAUUUAACUCUGUUAUCCGAUGAGGAAUUUUAAAAAUUUAUGGAGAAUCAAAUUACUCUUUUUUGGAAGAAAAUAUGUUGGAAGAGACAUCCAGCCUGAUUAUAUGGGAUACUUUUAUAGCAUACAUCCGAGGUCAAAUUUUCUUAUACUGCAAACAUCAUUAAAAAAGCUAACAAAGAAUGAAAUGAAUUAGCCAAUCAGUUAAAGCAACUGGGUUUCGAUACCUGAUCCUGAAACAUAUGAGAAGUAUUGAAACUAAAACUAAAUAUGAUCUUCUUUUAACGUAUCCAAUUGAAAGCCAACUUUUAAAAGAUAGAAGUCAACUUUAUACUCAUGGAGAUAAAACUGGUAAGCUACUGGCUAAUCAAUUGAAGCCAUUUUCAGCGAAUUAGCAAAUUAAAGAAAUAAGUAAAAUUAAUGGGGACAUGACAACUGACCACCUUGAAAUUAAUGACACUGUUAGGGAAUUUAAUUCUAAAUUGUAUAGUUCUGGCUCUGUUAAUGAUAAUAUUGAAAAGAAUAAUUUUUAGAUCAAUUAAAUAUUAAUAAUAUUUCAUUAGAUGAUCAUAGGCAAUUGGAUCAACCUAUUUCCCUGGAGGAAAGUGCUCAGGCUAUUUGAGAAUUGCAUUCUGGGAAAUCCCCAGGACCCGCUGGAUUCUCUGGAGAGUUUUAUAAGGCUUGUUCCUCCUUGCUUAUACCACACUUAUGUUCUACCCUUACAGAUUCCUUUAAGGUAGGAAGACUACAGCAGUCUUUUUACUAAGUUUUCAUUUCACUCAUUCCCAAAAAGAAUAAGAAUCCUACUGUAUGUUCUUUGUAUAGACCUAUCUCUUUAUUCAAUUUUGAUACUAAAAUUUUAUCUAAAGUGUUGGCUCGCAGACAUAAAAAUAUUAUAUCUUCUAUGGUUUUGGAUGAUCAGACAGGAUUUAUUAAAAAUCUAUAUUCCCAUUUUAAUAUACGGCAUUUGUUGAAUGUUAUAUACUCUCCAUCUAAGGAAAUACCGGAAUGUGUGAUAUCUUUGGAUGCGGAGAAGGCUUUUGACAGAGUUGAAUGGAACUUUCUAUUUACAUCCUUAGAAAAAUUUAAUUUUGGACCUAAUUUUAUUCAUUAAAUUAAAUUACGUUAUUUAUCUCCCUCCGCUCGGGUUCUUACUAAUUUUCAGAAUUCUAAACCCUUUAAACUCCAACCUGGAACUAGACAAGUUUGCCCCUUGAGCCCCCUGCUUUUUGAUUUGGUAUCAGAACCAUUAGCAAUUGCUUGUUGAGAGUCUAAAGAGAUCACUGGUAUUUUAAGGAGAGGUACUAUUCAUAAAGUGUCGCUCAAUGCUGAUGACUUAUUGCUUUUUAUAUCUAAUGUUACAAUCUCUUUACCAUUUGUGUUCCAUUUACUGACUAAUUUUAGUCAGUUGUCAGGAUAGAAAUUAAAUCUACAGAAGAGUGAACUCUUUCCUUUAAACAAUUUCAU